UUACCUACGUCCAGUGCGCCGGGCUGACGACCGUCGCUGCUAGUUGGGCCUGGUUCCGUGUCCCCGCUGCUAGCUCCGUCUUUCUUUGCUACUUACUCAAGUCCCCAGCCUUAAGCAACGGCUCAAACAAAUACGUUCUCACUUGGCCGGUGUCAGGCUUUCACCACGCUUUUAUCUUGUGCGUUCGACGGACCGUAGGGGGGCCAUGUCCCAUCCCGGCUGUUUCUGUACGGCCAGAAGUAUCGCCAGUUCUUUAAACAGAGGUUUCGUGUGUGGCCGGGGACAUCUCGCUUUAUUAAAAAGACCAAGAAGUUCAGAAUUUCAUUUGGUACGGAAGGUCCCAUUCAGGCAUUUUACAGCGACAACUGUGUAUUAUGCCUCUAAAGAUGCCAGUAAAGAUGGAUCUGGAGAUGGAAAUAAGAAAUCGGUAGGAGAAGGUGCAAGUAAGAAAUCGUCUGGUGGUUCUGGGAAAGGAGGGAAUCAGCUGCGCUGCCCAAAGUGUGGAGAUCUGUGCACCCAUGUGGAAACCUUUGUCUCCUCUACUCGUUUUGUGAAGUGUGAAAAAUGCCAUCACUUCUUUGUUGUGUUAUCCGAGGCGGAUUCAAAGAAAACCAUCAGCAAGGACCCCGAGACUGCUGCAGAAGCAGUGAAAUUGGCAUUUCAGCAAAAACCUCCUCCACCCCCAAAGAAGAUCUAUAACUACCUCGACAAGUUUGUAGUGGGUCAGCCAUUUGCAAAGAAGGUGCUGUCAGUUGCUGUAUACAAUCAUUACAAACGGAUAUAUAAUAAUUUUCCGUCAAACCUCCGGCAGCAAGCAGAGGUGGAGAAACAGGCAUCUUUAACACCAAGAGAGUUAGAGAUAAGAAGACGGGAGGAUGAGUACAGAUUUACAAAGCUGCUGCAGAUUGCUGGAAUCAGCCCUCAUGGAAAUAAUGCCUUAGGAGCAUCUAUGCAGCAGCAAGUAAACCAGCAGAUGCCACAGGAAAGGAGAGGAGGGGAAGUACUGGACUCCAACCAUGAUGAGAUCAAACUGGAGAAAAGUAACAUUCUACUUCUUGGUCCAACAGGCUCUGGUAAAACUCUGUUGGCACAGACACUGGCAAAAUGUUUGGAUGUACCUUUUGCAAUCUGUGACUGUACAACAUUAACCCAAGCUGGCUACGUGGGAGAGGACAUUGAGUCUGUGAUUGCUAAAUUGCUGCAGGAUGCCAACUACAACGUGGAAAAGGCACAGCAGGGAAUUGUAUUCUUGGAUGAAGUAGACAAAAUUGGCAGUGUACCAGGUAUCCAUCAGUUACGUGAUGUUGGUGGCGAAGGUGUUCAGCAGGGCUUGUUAAAACUUCUGGAAGGCACCAUUGUUAAUGUCCCAGAAAAGAACUCGCGCAAACUGAGAGGAGAAACGGUACAAGUCGACACAACCAAUAUCCUCUUUGUGGCAUCUGGUGCUUUUAACGGUCUGGAUAGCAUCAUCAGCCGAAGGAAGAACGAGAAGUAUUUAGGUUUUGGGAUAACUUCAAAUUUGGGCAAAGGAAGGCGAGCAGCAGCUGCAGCUGACCAAGCCAAUGCCAGUUCAGAAUCUGAUGCUGUGCAGGACAUUGAGGAGAAAGACAGAUUUUUGAGACUUGUGGAGGCCAGGGACCUUAUCGACUUUGGCAUGAUUCCUGAGUUUGUGGGCCGCUUACCUGUGGUGGUUCCUCUGCAUAGCCUGGAUGAACAAACCCUUGUGCGGAUCCUUACAGAGCCACGCAAUGCAGUAGUGCCACAAUAUCAAGCCCUCUUCAGUAUGGAUAAGUGCGAGUUAAGCUUUAGCGAAGAUGCUUUGAGGGCCAUUGCCAGACUGGCUCUUGAAAGAAAAACUGGUGCUAGAGGACUCCGGUCUAUAAUGGAAAAGCUACUACUGGAACCAAUGUUUGAAGUUCCCAACUCUGACAUAGUAUGUGUGGAGCUGGACCAGGAAGUGGUAGAAGGAAAGAAGGACCCCAGAUAUGUCAAGACCCAAAGAAAAGAAGUGACCGAGGAAGAGUAUGAUUCUGGAGUUGAGGAGGAAGGCUGGUCACGACAAGCUGAUGCUGCAAACAAUUAGUUCCAUUGGUUUUCUUGUCCGUUGCUUCCCAAAAUGUGUAGUUGACACAGUAUUUACUAUCCAGAAAAAUGAGGAAUAAUUAUUAAAACAAUUGAAGCAAUUAAUUUUAAGAAUGCUUCAUAUUUCUACUGAUAGCAGGCAAUUUAUACAAUGUCAUGAUGCUAAAGACAACAAAAAAAAAUCACUUUCGGGCAAUUUUUUUUGAGAUCGAACUGAUCUAAGCCCUUGAGCAGUUAAUUUUCCAAUUAUGUUUCAUAACGGAAAUGUGGUGUUUGAGAAACGCAGAAAAGCUUUUAUUUUGGAGGUUGCAUAUUGGGCUAAUGAAGAGCCUUCUCCCCAUGAUAUUUUACACAUUUUCUAUUUGAUUACUACCAAUAACAGUUCAUUGUUUUUUUUUUUUUAUCUUAAUUUUGUUUUAGCCUGUGGCUGGUUACUAAAUUUUUUUAACAUCUAAAUGGUUGUUCAUGUCAGCAUUUACCAGCACAUUUAUAAUACGUACAAGCUACUUUUCACUGCGUAUGCACAGCUCAUAUGUGCUCUGGCCAGUAGAGUGCAGGUGGGUAAAUUCACAG